AUGAAAUCUGGGAAAAGAACUAUGAUGGGAGACGACGACACAGCCGCCGCUCUUUUCCCCUUCCCAAACCCUAGAGUUCGAGGCACUGAUCCCCAAGCCAAGGAUUUGAUGCCGCCGGGAGGAGGAGGUGAGCAUGGCUGCACGGAGCAGGACCACCCAUUGGCGACCGGUCGCCAUGACGAAGGCGCUCCGUCCCAUCCUAUGCCGCCGCCUCCCCUCAUUGUUCCCGUAGCUUCUGAGAAGAAGAAGAAGAAGCACAAGCAGGGGCAGGAGCACGAGAAACACCCUGCUGGGAGCCUUCCUGAGGGCCCCCUUAUCGAGAUUCUGUCCCGGGUGCCUUACAAGUCACUCUGCCGCUUCAAGUGCGUGUCCAAGCCGUGGCUUGCCCUCUGCUCCGACCCUGACAUCCGCAAGAGGUCACCCCAGACCAUGGCAGGUUUCUUCCUCCGCAACUAUGGCAUGCGCCCCUGUUUCAUUAACUUGUCCGGAAGAGGCCAACCCCUGGUCGACCCUUUUCUCUCUUUCUUGCGCGAGAGCUUUAAACUUCUCAUCCCCCAGCAUUGCUGCGGUGGCCUUGUUCUCUGCAAAUACUGGGAAUCAUAUUGUUUUGAGGAAGAUGAGUACAAUCUUGUCGUGUGCAAUCCUGCGACCAAGAAGUGGGCCGAGCUGCCUCCUAAUCCUAUACAAUUGCAAGAUGAAGACGAAGAAGAAGUCGAAGAAUAUUUGUGUUUCGAUCCAGCCGUCCCCUCCCGUUUCAUGGUAUUCACACACACUUGGGAUUUCACAGAAGUGACAAUCUACUCAUCAGACACUGGACGAUGGACUACGGUGGAGAGUGGUUGGAUUGAUAAGACUCCUAUUGGUCUUCCUGUGUUCCUGAAUGGUACUUUGCAUUUGAUGACCACUGAAUAUUCAAUAAUCACAGUAGACACAGAGGGGAAGGUUUGGGGGCAAAUUGAUAUUCCAGGCAACAUGCGAGACAGCUCUGAUUAUCCGUUCAUUGGACAGUCUCAGGGACGAUUGUAUGCUUGGUGUAUAAAUGAUAAUGUUGAUGUUUGCCAACUUUUAGUUUGGGCUCUUGAGGAUUAUGGUGGUGCAAAGUGGGCCUUGAAGGAUACUGUUAACAUUUCAGAACUGUUUGGAAGGGAUCGUUACAAAUAUGUGGAGCCCUUAGCAAUUCAUCCAGAUUGUGAUUUGAUUUUCCUUACCGACCGGAGGGGGAAGGCUAUCUCAUAUGAUAUGGACAGCAAGAAAGUGCAUGUUAUCGGCACUCACGAAACAUUCUAUGGUGCUAUACCUUAUGUUCCAUGUUUUGCGGAAUGGCCGUCAGAUGGUCACUGA